GUGCUCUGGGCUGCCAGGGCCUGUGCCAGGCUGCCCGGCUCUACCAGCCCAGCUGGGCUGAGUCCCCUGUCCGGAUAUUCGGGGCUUUAUCUUAUACAGGUGCCUAUUACCCCCCCCCCCGGACUGUUCCCACGUGCUGUCCGGUCACCCUCCCCGUGCAACACAAGAGCAUGGCCUGCGGGCUGCUGCUGGCACUCUGCGGGCUCCUGGCACCUGCUGCGGCUGGCGGGCGCCACAGCCUGGCUGUGCUAGUCACAGCCGUCAUCAACGAAGACGGGACUCAUCACUUCAUCAUGAUCGCCCGGCUGGAUGAUAUUAAGAUCGCGUACUACAGAAGUGACACACGAGAGGUCAGACCCACUGAGGAAUGGGUGGCACAGGCCCUGGGCGCUGAGUAUUUCCAGGAAAAGACCCAGCAGUUCUGGAGGCACGAGGAGGGCUCUAAAAUUGAGACCAGGAGGUGGAUGCAGCUGUACAACCAGACGGGCGGGGUUCACACCGAGCAGGUUCACGUGGGUUGUGUGCUGAGCGACCAGGCCCCCAUGGACCCGAGGUUCCAGUUCGCCUACAACGGGAGGGACUUCAUCAGCUUUGACAACCAGACGGGGACAUGGAUCGCGGCCGUGCAGCUGGCCUUCGCCCCGAAGCAGCACUGGGAGACGACGGGCAAGGCUUGGACCAAGUUUGUCCAGCAGUACCUGCAGUCCGAGUGCCUGGGGACCCUGCGGAGCCUGGUGCUGCAGGGGAGGGCAGUGCUGGAGCAGCAGGUGCCUCCCACGGUCUCGGUUUCCUGCAGAGACACCCCUGACGGCUCCGUAACCCUCUCCUGCCACGCCAGGGGCUUUCCCCCGCGUCCCAUCCACGUCUCCUGGGUGCGGGAUGGAGAAGACAUCCUGGUGGAGACGGACUCCAGCGGGAUC